UUCCACGGCCAAAAGCUGUUCACUUCCGGGUUUUGUUGCGUCGUACCGUAAUGGCUGAAGUGUACGUGUUUGUAAACGCGUGAUACUUCUCUCAGUUGCUUUCUUCUAAAAGUUUCUCCACUUCGAUUGAUAGUUUUAGACGAAUCGCGAAAAUGACCGAGGACGUGCAGAAGCACUCGGUGCACACGCUGGUGUUCAGGUCCCUCAAAAGGACACAUGACAUGUUUGUGUCCGACCACGCCAAGUCCAUCGCAGUGGACGAAGAUAGUCACCGGCUAAAGAUGGCUGUGAAACUGAAGGCGGAUUACAGUGCGGUUCGUCACAUGCCGAUCUUGAAGGAAGGAAAAGAUAGAGCUGCACAGUAUCCAGGCAACAUGCAGGGCCAGCAGAGCAUCACACAGUCGGCUGACCCAGAGUACCUCAUCACCGGAACACACGCCUACCCAUCUGGACCUGGAGUGGCACUAACUGCGGACACAAAGCUGCACAGGAAUCCCAGCGAGGCUGGAGUUCACUCCAUGGCUUUAGCGCUGCCUCCCUCACAAGCCAGGCAAGAUGCCAGUCGCACAGCAGCCAGUGUUGCAGACAUCCAUCAGCAUGCUGGGUCUGCAGAGAGGUCCCAGGCUCCUUCCAGAGCAUUGUCUUUGCUGGAAGGAGGCGGAACAAGAAAUUCCGCCAUCAUGAGGAGGAUGACCACCAUGCCCAAACCUCAGUGGCACCCGCCAUGGAAGCUGUUCCGGGUCAUCAGCGGUCACCUGGGCUGGGUGCGUUCCAUCGCCGUGGAGCCAGGAAACGAGUGGUUUGUGACCGGGUCCGCCGACAGAACCAUUAAGAUUUGGGAUUUGUCGAGCGGCAAGCUGAAGCUGUCUCUGACCGGUCACAUCAGCACGGUGCGGGGGGUGGCGGUCAGCACCCGCAGCCCGUACCUGUUCUCCUGUGGCGAGGACAAACAGGUCAAGUGUUGGGAUCUGGAGUAUAACAAGGUCAUCAGGCACUAUCACGGUCACCUGAGCGCUGUGUACGACUUGGACCUGCAUCCCACUCUAGAUGUUCUGAUGACCUGCAGCCGAGACGCCACAGCCAGGGUUUGGGACAUCAGAACCAAAGCCAACGUGCACACCCUGACGGGUCACACCAACACUGUGGCCACGGUCCGAUGUCAAGCAGCUGAGCCUCAAGUCAUCACGGGCAGCCACGAUUCCACCAUCAGACUCUGGGAUCUCAUCGCUGGGAAGACCAGAGCGACGCUGACCAACCACAAGAAAUCUGUGCGAACAUUAGUGCUGCACCCCAGACUCUACACCUUUGCCUCUGGUUCAGCUGACAACAUCAAGCAGUGGAUGUGCCCGGAUGGCAAGUUCAUCCAGAACCUGUCAGGUCACAACGCCAUCAUCAACACCCUGGCCGUCAACGCCGACGGCGUCUUGGUGUCCGGAGCUGACAACGGGACCAUCCACAUGUGGGACUGGAGAACCGGUUACAACUUCCAGCGCAUCCACGCUGCCGUGCAGCCCGGAUCACUGGACAGCGAGUCGGGCAUCUUCGCCAGCAUCUUCGACAAUUCAGGAGGGAGACUGAUCACCGCCGAGGCGGAUAAAACCAUCAAAGUGUAUAAAGUGGACGACACUGCUACAGAGGAAACGCAUCCCAUCAACUGGAAGCCGGAUAUUCUCAAAAGAAAGCGCUUCUAAUGUGGGCCAGCCAUGUUUUUUUAUUCGACUUGAUUGUGUUUACUCCACGACCCAUUUGCAGUCCGCGCAGUCCGACUUCAGCCCGACAAACCUGCCAUCUUGGACGGCCAGUAACUGUCCAGAGAGCCUGUGCUUGAGGGCGACGGCUCUUCUGUGGGUCCAGUCGGCCUGGUCCUCCUGCAACAGCCACUCCUCCAUCUGUGACGGACUCUCUUCAGUGCGGACCUCGCUCUGCUCACAGUCUAACCCUGCAGAACAAUACACAGCAUUUCCAUUCUUUUUUUUCCUUUUUGCUACAUUCAUGAUUAAAACCCCUUUUUUGACUUAAAUGAGUGCUCAUGUGUGAGUCAUACCAAGAAACCUGCGAGUGGCCAUGUUCCUGAGGUGUGUACAGCCCCGACCCUUCACCACCUCCCAGUGACCGCGGUCGCCCAGCAACGCUGUCAGCUGGACUCUGGAUCCAGUCACUCCAUCACCUGGACAUAAAACCUAGAUGAAAGUUUGCUGAGCUUGUUUGCCGUCAACUUUGCCU